ACUACCGUAUUUAUGCUGAAACCUGUCGAAGGUGAUUUCGUUAAUCCUAAUUGCGGAAGAUAACGAAAUUGAAGUGUACUUAUCAAAGGCAUGGGAAGUCGCUGCAGAAGGCCAAGUCGUAGGAAGAGCUGCGACGAUGGAAACCGUACUAUAAGCGAUGAAAGUACGACGUGGUCAACAGAUACUGAAUUUGAAAAGUCAGUUCGAAAAACUAGUCAAGCCGUUACCGCAGACUGGAGAACGUCGAAAGGCUUGAAACUAAAGGAACUGAGUCGAGAACCGAACGUUUUUCAGUUGCUACCAGACAUCUUGAACUUCUCAAAUUCUAAGCGUGAUCCUAAUCCAGUAUCCAGAAGUUGUACGAGCAGUUUAGUCACCCGUCAAGGCCAUAACAUUUUGUCUUCUCGCAAAAAAUUAUCACCUACUCCUUGCUUGGCCGACGUGUUUCGCCUUGUAGAUCUAACUUCGUGUAGCACUUCGGACAACAAAACCGACGAAGAUAACCUAAGGAGCAGUAUAGGGAGCUGUACAACGAGGAAUAACGAUGAGGCGAACGAAAGCAGCUGUAAUUACGGAAGCAACGCGAGUGACGCUUUUAAUGGAUCAACCGCACGAAAUUUCCUUAACGGAAAAACUCAGGUUACGCCAACGGAUUCAAACCGUCGAGUACACAAACAAAAGCAGGACGCUAGGCACGAAUGCAGCCGAGAAGUUUACGCCGAAGGCGAUAUUUGCGCGAAUGGAUCGAUUUCUAAGUUGCAGGGAUCGAUAUGUUCGGCAAACAGUGACAGCGAGUCGUUUCACUCUCAUUCGGGGUAUGACGAACUUGAGCUUCUCAAAUUGUAUCACAGUUACCUACAAGGUGACAUGAAAAACGCUACAUACAACAAGGUUUACGUCAGACUAGAAGAUACGAAGCGCACCAUAUUGGAUUCCUUAUUGAACGGUUGUGACGAAAGGCAUACCAGAGGUACUCAAGGAAGUAUGAGCGACAUACUGCAACAGGGCGAUUCCGGCUUCCGAUUGUUGAUAAAAAGCAACAUACAAAACAAACAAAAGACCCGCCCGGGCCAAGAGAAACGACAAACAACUUGCAUCAAAACAAGGAAAACGUCUUCACCCAGCUGUUCCGGCGUUAUUUCGAAGGGAAGAUCGUCAAACACUCUAUGAAACGUUUCGCCAAAACGGUCGUCAACGUCCUCAUUGCGUACGCGGAUAUCGUCAGAAAAGAUUUUCCGAACUACGUAACUCAAUAGCUGUGGGUGCAGCUCGUUCGAAAAGCUCUUCGAGUCGAUGGAAGGCGAGAAGCGCGAAGCCGAUGCUUCCUUAUAUCCUCAGAGUUUCAGCAAAUUUUUUGGAAUAGUGAUAUGUGAGUGUAUCAUAUUGACGUGUUGUUAAGCAACAACACAGCAAGAGUGUGUACAGGCCACUAAUAUUUCUCCAGUACAGCGGAUGCGUCACUCCAAUGUGGAUCCAGGGUCGAUCCUUUUGACCAUAAAUUGGUUACUGAGGCGUGCCCAAAAAUGAGUAGGGGACUAAAGACUAGAAGGACUAGUAUAGUGCAAAAAAUGUAUGUUUUCGAGACCUUCGAUCGAUACGUUCUGCCCAACGGACUAUUUCCGUAUCUGCAACGACAAGAAUACAACAGACACUAACUGUAUAGAUUUUCAUCUGUGUUAUUUAUUAUUUCAACUGCUGUGUUAGAGGGGGUAUCAGCCCAUGUAGACGGUUGUAUGGCGCGUUAAACAAUGCAACACCGCGAUGGAUUGGAAAACAAUACAUAUAACAUAGGCGAUUUGACAGGCGCAUACCAACUACGUUCAAAAAGACAAAAGUCAUAGCACUUGCGGAGGUGCGUACCCAGGAAGGACUGUGUGAACCCUCGUCUUGGCCACAGAGAAUCACAAUUAGCAGGCUGAUAUCAAAAAUUAAAGGAAAAAGGGGAAGGUCCCUCAGUGGCGAGUUUCGCGCAAUUUGCGCCCCCGUGAAUGGAUGCCAGCUCGCCUUAAAAUUGGCCGUUGCUGUCGUUUUUAGCCGCCGCAAAAGUAUGCGAUAUGAUCUAAAUUGAUGUUUUUCCGCUAAGAGACACGAACGUUUGUGCGUUAUUAGUCGUAUUAAAUCUAUGCUAGAUUGUAUACUACUACUACUACUACUAUUAUUGUUAUUAAUAAUAAUCACUGUUAUUUCAUAAUAAGUUGUUCCAAUACAUCUGGCGAUACCCUUAGCAAUAGGCGGUAACCUUGUCACUUAGAAUCGGCAAUUAGUGCUGUUAGCCAUUUGCUUCUUUUUUUGUCACCACCAUUGCCUUCCAUACUGAAGAUCUUGGUACCCUCAGCAGAGCCAAAAAAAAGAAAGCAGAGAAAUUGUAUGGUACAAUUACGUACGUCAAGCAUGCACUUCGACGUACUGCGACCGUACUGCGACUCUUCCC